AUGGACGACCCUGUGGCCGAGAUCCCCUACGUGAUUGCUCUCUUGACCGAGACCCCUCCAUCAUUACAGCUUGCCGCCGUCAACAAGUACUUCACCCCCGAUGCGAGCUUCACCCAUCCCUUCUGCCGCACCGGCUCCUCGGCCCAUUCCCGCUACCUAGUCGAGCGCAUCUAUCGAUGGUACAAGAUCAUGUCGCCGCGCAUAACCGCAAAGGUUCACAGCGUCUCCUUUGACCAAAAGAACCUCGUCCUCUACGUCGGCCUUACCCAAGUCUUUGCCAUCUGGGCCAUCCCUACCCAUCGCUCAGAAGUCUCGCUCGUCACCGUACUACAUCUGUCGCCUCAGAAAGAUCCCGAAGACGAAGGCAGCAUCAAGUACUACAUUUCCAGCCAGAACGACUUGUACCAGACAGAUCAAUUCAUCAAGUUCAUUCUGCCUUGGAUCUCCAUCAUUGUGCCCAUCUGGCAGUUUUUGGCAACCAUUUUCUGUGUCAUCGGCAGCUAUUUGUUUAUCCCCGUCACUUGGUGGGAGGAGCACUUUCAAGAUCAGUUCACAAGGCCGGAGAGACCUCCCAAGUGGAGCGAUGCCAGGUGA